AUGUCUGCUGAGGAGGAUCUCAUCGACUACUCCGACGACGAGCUCAACCAGGAGACCACCGCUCCCGCUUCCAACGGCAAGAAGGCGGAUGCCGCUGCUGCCCAAAAUGUCGACAAGAAGGGUUCCUAUGUCGGUAUUCACUCGACUGGUUUCCGCGACUUUCUGUUGAAGCCUGAACUUCUCCGUGCGAUUGCCGAUUGCGGUUUCGAACAUCCCUCGGAGGGUUAG